AUGAACUGGGAGCUGCUGUCAGGGUCCAUCCCCACGGGCCCGCUCUCUGCCAUCAAGGAGAAGAUCGCAGAGAUCAACCGCCAGCUGGACGACGCUAGGUCAGCGCUCGCCCAAUCGGAGAAGGAGAAAGCACAGCUGGCCGCUGAGCUGGCCAAGGUGCGAGGUGACAGCGGAGGGGGAGCAGCUGCAGGGGGAGCGGCUGCAGCAGCAGGGGGGAGUGCAGCAGCAAGGUCACCUGGGUUCGGGCUGUGCAUGGCGACAACAGCGGAGAUGCGGCGCUAUCUCAACUACACCAAGCGUGCCGCCUGCCCCGACGACUGGCGCUUCGUGGAGCACCUCCGCUUCGCCCGCAACUGCCUGCACCUCCCCCGCCGCCGCUGCCGUGCCACUGCUCUCACUCCCCCAGAUUUCCAAGAGUACACUCUGGGUUUCCCGGCGGCUGUUUUUGCAAAGGAGGCCCUGAGAGACGAGAACGUGCGGUGGGGGGAUGGGAUGCGGUGCGGGUCGUAUAAGGAGUGCGUGGAGGUGAGUAAGGAGGAGGGCGCGGUGUGCAAGGGGUGCUUCGACGUGGAGUCGGAGCAGCACUGGUGGGAUAAGAGCGUCUCCGGCACCAUUCCCCUCAAGGCUUUCCUCAAGCUCAAGCCGCCAGGGGCGCUGAGGAUCGGGCUGGAUGUGGGAGGUGGUACGGGUGGGUUCGCUGCGGUGAUGGCUCUGCACAACAUCACUAUAGUGACGACUGGGAUGAACACGGAUGGUGGGCGGGAAGACGAGAAAGCCGUCCCGUACAUGCAGACCAUAGCCCAGCGUGGUCUGGUCCCACUAUACCUCCCGCACUCGGCUCCGCUCCCGUUUUUCGACAAUACUUUGGACCUCAUUCACACGCUCAACAGCAUUAAGUACCCGCACUUAGCUGAGUUUGAGGCGAUGCUGUUCGAGUGGGACAGGGUGUUGAGACCGGGCGGGCUGUGGUGGAUGGAGAUGUUCUAUGCGCCCGACAAGGACAUGAAGGCGUAUGUGCAAGCGUUGGAGGCGUUUGGGUAUGGCAAGCGGUACUGGAGCCUGGGGAGGAAGCAGCGACCUUCGGAGCGGAAAGGAAAUCACUUUGUGCUGACGUGCGUGCUGGAGAAACCGCUGAAGCUGCAAGGGUGA